AUGAUGGUCAGGGGUGCCAGGGCAACACUGGCCUCUGUCCCUCUUUCCUUCCCUUCCUCCUCUGAUGCCCUCUUGUGUCUCUGCCUCCCAAAGGCUUGUGCGGCUGUUUAUUGCAGCAGCCCUGGCUAUAAGCUCCACAGGCGAACGGUGCCUCUGGGAAGCACCUCUCUUUGGGGCAGAGGGGCAGCUCAAAGACCAGGGGUGGCAGCAGCUGCUGCCCAGAGGACUCCCAAGGAAAUGGGAGAGGAGACAGCGGCUGAGGGAACACUCCACAAUGAAGGGUGUUUGAAAAAGGGUGAGAGGCUGCCAGCUCUGCAAGCAAGGGGUGACAUAACUGGGCUCCUGAGCCCCACUGUGGUGCCACAGAAAGAAUGUAGUUGCGUCAAGAGAGCCAUGGACUCAAAAAGGUUGAAAACCUUUGAUCUAAAAUACCCACAUUUCAAAGCUUGUCAUUCCCAGUCUCCUAUACCAUCCCUGGAACAGGUGCCCGACUUGGUGCCUCAAUAUAAAACAAGAGAACAUCUGUGA